UUCGCAGCCAGCCUGACGUCAGUCCGGGGCUGCUUUUUCGCCCGGGGUUGCAGUCCCGAUCGGGCGGCUGCGCUUUCGGCUGGAGCCGCUCGCUGCCUGCCCAGGAGGGGACUCCGACGACUCCAUGGCUCGGCCGGGCAACUUUCCUCGGCGGCCGUGAGCUUCGCGGGGACGCGGCGGCGGCGGCGGCGGCUGAACAGCCCGGGAACUUUCUCUCCUGGUCGGUGGCCGCGCGGCGUGCAACAUGCCCACCGCCCGGGCGCUGAUCUUCAUACUCACCUUCCAGAUCUGCUCCCUGGAAACCGAGACGCCGACAGCUGGCUGUACCUUUGAGGAAGAUGGGGACCUAAACCAGUGCGAGUAUAGCCAAGGUGCGGAAGAUGACUUUGAGUGGGAGCUAAUCCAGAGCUACAUCAUGCCUCAUCUGACCUCUGAACUUCCUCACGGUUCCUACCUGAUGGUCAAUUCCUCCCAGCAUGGUCCAGGGCAGAAAGCGCACAUCCUCUUCCAAACGCUAAGCGAGAAUGACACCCAUUGUCUCCAGUUCAGUUACUUCAUGUACAGCCGCGAUGGGCACAGCCCGGGGACUCUGAAUGUCUACGUGAAGGUGAAUGGUGGCCCACUCGGCAGUGUGGUUUGGAACGUCUCCGGCUCCCACGGGCGCCAGUGGCAUCAAGUGGAGCUGGCUGUCAGCAUGUUUUGGCCCAAUGAGUACCAGGUUCUAUUUGAGGCUGUGAUCUCCAGCGAACGGCGAGGCUACCUAGGCCUGGACGAUAUUCUACUCUUAAAUUACCCCUGCUCCAAAGCUCCUCAUUUUUCCCGCCUGGGUGAUGUGGACGUGAAUGCGGGUCAGAACGCCACCUUUCAAUGUGUGGCUGCCGGGAAGGCCUCUGAAGCGGAGAGGUUCCUCAUGCAGAGGCAGAAUGGAGCGAUCGUGCCAGCUGCCUCCGUGAAACAUAUCAGCCACCGGAGAUUCUUGGCAACCUUUCAGUUGGACAAGGUGUCCAAAGAAGAUCAAGAUUUUUACCGCUGUGUUACCCAGUCUGGCAGGGGUGCUGGCGUCUCCAACUUUGCCGAAUUGAUUGUGAAAGAACCCCCCACGCCCAUUGCACCCCCGCAGUUGCUACGAGCGGGCUCCACCUAUCUGAUCAUCCAGCUCAACACCAACUCCAUCAUUGGGGACGGUCCCAUCGUAAGGAAGGAAAUUGAGUACCGCAUGACCUCGGGCCCAUGGUCGGAAGUGCACGCCGUGAACAUGCAGACCUACAAGCUGUGGCACCUGGAUCCUGACACAGAGUACGAGAUCAGCGUCCUGCUCACCCGUCCAGGGGAUGGGGGGACUGGCAGACCUGGGCCACCGCUCAUCAGCAGGACCAAGUGUGCAGAGCCAAUGAGGACCCCCAAAGGCCUCGCCUUCGCUGACAUCCAGCCUCGGCAACUGACACUUCAGUGGGAGCCUCUUGGCUACAAUCUGACACGGUGUCACACAUACACUGUCACUCUCUGCUAUCGCUACGCCCUGAGCACAGGCCACAACCAGACAUUCCGGGAAUGUGUGAAGAUGGAGCGCAACGUCAACCGCUACACCAUCAAGAACCUCCAGCCGUACAAAAACAUCCACGUCAAACUCAUACUCUCCAACCCCGAAGGGCGGAAAGAAGGCAAGGAGAUGAUCUUCCAGACUGACGAAGAUGUCCCCGGAGGCAUUGCUUCGGAGUCUCUAACGUUCACUCCCUUGGAGGACAUGAUCUUUCUGAAGUGGGAGGAGCCAGUGGAACCUAACGGCCUCAUCACACAGUACGAGAUCAGCUACCAGAGCAUUGAGUCCUUUGACCCUGCAGUCAACGUCCCUGGUCCUCGGCGCACUGUCUCCAAGCUGCGAAAUGAAACCUACCAUGUCUUCUCCAACCUGCACCCGGGAACCACUUACCUUUUUUCGGUGCGGGCACGUACUGGCAAGGGCUUUGGGCAGACUGCGCUGACGGAGAUCACCACCAACAUCUCAGCACCCAGUUUUGAUUAUGGAGAUAUGCCUUCUCCCCUUGGAGAAUCAGAGAGCACCAUCACUGUUCUGCUGAGGCCGGCACAGGGCAGAGGGGCACCGAUCAGCACAUACCAAGUCGUUGUGGAAGAAGACAGGCCCAAGAAGAUCAAGCGAGAGCUCGGGGGCCAGGAGUGCUUUCCUGUGCCCCUCACCUUUGAUGAUGCCAUGUCCCGUGGUUCUGUUCACUACUUCGGAGCUGAACUGCCUCCCAGCAGCCUCCCAGAAGCCAAGCCUUUCACUGUCGGAGACAAUCAAACGUACAGCGGCUACUGGAACCCACCCCUGGAGCCCAAGAAGGCAUAUCUCAUCUACUUCCAGGCCAUGAGCAAUCUCAAAGGGGAAACAAGACUGAACUGCAUCCGAAUUGCCCGGAAAGCGGCAUGCAAAGAGAGCAAACGGCCCCUGGAAGUGUCCCAGCAUUCAGAAGAGAUGGGACUCAUCCUGGGCAUUUGUGCGGGAGGUCUGGUGGUGCUGAUCAUCCUCCUGGGAGCAAUCAUUGUUGUCAUUCGGAAAGGGAGGAACUACUAUUCCUAUUCCUAUUACCCGAAACCUGUCAACAUGACCAAAGCUACCAUCAAUUACCGCAAUGAGAAGACACACAUGAUGAGCGCGAUUGAUCGAAGCUUUACUGACCAGAGUACCUUGCAGGAAGAUGAAAGGCUGGGCUUGUCCUUUAUGGAUACGCACAACUGUAACAACAGAGCAGACCAGCGCAGCAGUGUGGUCAACGAAUCCAGCAGCUUGUUGGGUGGCUCCCCUCGACGACAGUGUGGACGCAAAGGCUCCCCCUAUCAUACUGGGCAGCUCCACCCAGCUGUCCGAGUAGCUGAUCUUCUCCAGCACAUCAACCAGAUGAAGACUGCAGAAGGCUAUGGCUUCAAGCAGGAGUAUGAGAGUUUCUUUGACGGUUGGGAUGCUUCAAAGAAGAAAGACAAGACCAAAGGGAGACAGGAUCACUUGCCAACCUACGAUCGGCAUCGAGUUAAGCUCCACCCUCUUCUUGGCGAUCCCAACUCAGACUAUAUCAAUGCCAACUACAUUGAUAUUCGGAUAAACCGAGAAGGCUACCACAGAUCCAACCACUUCAUAGCCACCCAAGGCCCUAAACAGGAGAUGAUCUAUGAUUUCUGGCGGAUGGUGUGGCAGGAGCACUGUUCCAGUAUAGUGAUGAUCACGAAACUAGUGGAGGUGGGAAGGGUGAAGUGCUCCAAGUAUUGGCCAGAUGACUCAGAGAUGUAUGGAGACAUUAAAAUUACCCAGGUGAACUCGGAGGCACUAGCAGAAUAUGUCGUGAGAACAUUCACUCUGGAAAGGAGAGGCUAUUCAGCAAGGCACGAGGUGAAACAGUUCCACUUCACAUCAUGGCCUGAACACGGGGUGCCUUACCAUGCCACUGGACUCCUGGCAUUCAUUCGCAGAGUGAAGGCUUCCACGCCUCCUGAUGCAGGACCCAUUGUUAUCCACUGCAGUGCCGGCACUGGGAGGACCGGCUGUUACAUUGUCCUGGAUGUGAUGCUGGACAUGGCGGAGUGUGAGGGGGUUGUGGACAUUUACAACUGUGUGAAGACGCUGUGCUCGCGGAGAAUCAACAUGAUCCAGACGGAGGAGCAGUAUGUCUUUAUCCAUGACGCCAUCUUGGAAGCCUGCCUCUGUGGGGAGACCAGCAUUCCUGUUAGUGAGUUCAAGCCUACGUACAAAGAGAUGGUGAGGAUAGACCCACAGAGCAACUCAUCACAGCUGCGAGAAGAGUUCCAGCAGACUCUGAAUUCUGUAACACCCCACCUGGACGUGGAGGAGUGCAGCAUCGCUCUUCUGCCACGCAAUCGGGAAAAGAAUCGCAGCAUGGACGUCCUGCCUCCAGACCGGUGCCUCCCCUUCCUCAUCUCCAUGGAUGGAGACAGCAACAACUACAUCAACGCUGCCUUAACUGAUAGCUACACGAAGAGCGCUGCCUUCAUUGUGACUUUGCAUCCGCUUCAGAACACCAUCACUGACUUCUGGAGGCUGGUCUAUGACUACGGCUGCACCUCCAUUAUCAUGCUGAACCAGCUCAACCAAUCCAACUCUGCCUGGCCUUGUUUGCAAUAUUGGCCGGAGCCCGGACUUCAGCAGUACGGUCCAAUGGAAGUCGAAUACGUUUCUAGAUCCACAGAUGAAGAUGUCAUUGCUCGCCUUUUCCGAGUCCAGAAUAUAACACGGUUACAGGAAGGUCACCUGAUGGUCCAGCACUUUCAGUACCUGCGGUGGUCAGCUUACAGAGACACCCCCGAUUCAAAGAAGUCAUUCUUGCAUUUGUUGGCCCAGGUGGAGAAGUGGCAGGGGGAGAGCGGCGAUGGGCGGACAGUUGUGCAUUGUUUGAACGGGGGUGGACGGAGUGGCACUUUCUGCGCCUGCACCAUGAUCUUGGAGAUGAUCAAGUGUCACAAGAUGGUAGAUGUGUUUUUUGCUGCAAAAACCCUCCGAAACUACAAGCCAAAUAUGGUCGAGACUUUUGAACAGUACCACUUCUGCUAUGACUUAGCCCUGGAAUACCUGGAAUCCUUGGAGACCAGAUAGCACCUUGCCAGGUGCCCACAAGCAAGUGUUUGUUUGGGGUUUGGGCCAGACACAGAUUUUGCACCCAGACUUUGAGUAACAGCAAAAGGGAGGAAAAGAAAAACAGAACUCACAAAAGUCACUGGGUCACGACGGCUAUCCCUUACCUUCAUCUUCCCCCUUUUCUCCCACUCUUGCCCCUAUCCCAGGGGGCAGACCAGAGGCCGCCCAAACUCAUCCCAGGUACACAACGAUGUGUACAUGCCAUCCGGGAGUGUGGCACCCAGACCUUCUUUGUACGUGUUUUGACACCAGUGCAGAUGGGAUGAAUCUCGUUUUGUCUUUGCCUGGUCAUGGCCUGGAAUGGACUGAUCCUGCGGAGAACCGGAAGAAAAACAACUUCUUUCAGACAAGAGUUAAGUGGUUGUCGGACCUCGUCACUGGUAUACUGAAAGCUCCGGCAGGAGACCAUCCCCUUUGGGAAAUGGCUGGAGGUGCUAAAGGGAUCUGUACAGUUCUCAUACGCUGUUAUAACCAUUACCUUUCUCAGCCCUGGACUGAUACCUGCCUUCAGAGCGGUUCUGAAUCAAUCAUGCCCUGUGUCCCGGCAGCAAUCCUGCCUGGAGGAAAAUCCAAGCAGGGGGGGACUCCCUGGAAGCAUCUAACAGGGAGAAACCAAAUAGGCUGCUCACUCAACAGGCAAAGCUGUCCAGACCAGAUUUUGAAAACCACCAUCUUUGUGCCUGGGUUUUCCAGUUCAGACAGCUGAAGUUUUUUUGUGUGGGGGAGGGGAGGGGUCUACUGUGUUUUCAGAGUUCCGGUCCUUCUGAACUAUUCCCAAGCCUCGAAGCAUCUCUCCCCGCUGACCCAGUGUCUCACUGCUCUUCAAAUUUGGUUUAGCAGAAAAUCUUUCUUCCAGCUUUUUUUUUUUUAGGACAGUCAGGGGUAAGUAAAGCUGAGCCUGCUUUGGAAAGGGCAAUGAAGAUAACAUUCUUUUUAAGAGCCAAGGAGAAGUCUUGGGAAGCUGGCCGGCCUUGUGCUGAUGGAGCACUUCAGAGUGACCUGUUUUAAAGAUCAGUUUUGCUUGACUGGCACACCCCUCUCCCCUAUGAGCCCGACUUAGUUACCAGGCCGGGGGGUGGAGGGUUUGUUGGGUGGCCUUUCUUCAGUGUCCUUAAAAACAGUUAACAGCUAGAGAUCAACACCCCAAAUCUUCAGGGCUGCUAGAUUUGCCAUUUCUUCCUUUGUCGCUCUGCUCCAUCUGCCAAACAAUCUGUUUUGUUCCCUCGCUUCCUCUUCCUUGAAAUCGGAAUUAGCAAAGGUCAUUAGCAGAGGAGGCCUGCCACAGGCGGUGUUUUGCAGGGGGAAAGGGUUUUUUACGCUUGCUUACCAACAAGAUAGGGAAACUACGUAGUAGGAAGGUAGAGGAAUUCCCAGCAGGACCAGCUAGGGGAAUAAAUUCAAGCCUCCUUGUUGGGGUUUGCAGGUUUAUCCCCGCUGUGCAGGCAAGUAAAGCACAGUUAUGUGAUUGCUGAGUUGUCAUAGCACAUGUCUGAAAAGCCCCGGCAUGCAUUUGCAAGCAUAGCGGUGUGCGUCACACAGACCAAAGACAGUGGCUUUGGUAUGGCCAAACCAGAGAAGACCAAUGACUGUAUCUUUCGCUUGAUUUUCUUUUUAGUACCUGCAUGGGGUGGAGAAUUUGAAAUCUUCCUUGUUCCGUGUUUCUGGCCUCCCAGGCUGGUAUUUGGGGAAAAUGGCAGAUCUGGCCUGGAAAGGUAAGGGGAGGGAGCUAAUGCCCAUAGUCCCAAUCCAAUUUGCAAUGGAAAAAUGCGCUGCAGAUCCCAUCUAGGUUUUCCAGCAUGCAGCCUUUGCCAGAGUUGUUCCUAUUAAGCCAGUAAGCCCUUAUCGGACAAAGCGUUGGUUGCAGUAGCAGGGAUAAGAGCAACUGUUACUGGAUGUCAUUCCCUGGUGACCUUUCACAUUUAUACUCCUGUUGCUUUUUCUUUUUUUAAAUCCUACCAACCAUUGGGAUCUCUAGGGAAAUUUAGGCCUUCAGUGUUCCAAGAAAAGCAAAUGGGCCCUGAAGGACUUUGUGCAAAGAACCAAAUAAUUCCAUCUAGCUGAGAGGCACUCUUGCCCUUGUGCGAAGAUUAGGAGAUAAGGAGAAUGUUUUCUUACUCGGGUUGGGAGGUGGAAAAACUGAUGGAACCAGUGCAAUAUUAAGAUCUAUUCCAUGUAUUCCUUUUUUUUCUGAGCUGGAGAUUUGCAGCCCCAUCCAAGAGCUGGGAGUCCAGCCACAGCACCACAGCCACUCUCAGCCAUCUCUCCACAAGAGGCCUCCCUGCAGCGUAGAAAGAAAAAUCUCCCUGCAUUGAAAAAUCCUUCCUACUGCCAAGGAGCCUCUAUUGGGAUCAAUAGACUUAUGGCACCCAAAAGGGUGGCAUAAGUCUAAAUUCCUGGCUACCUGUGUAACGCCGCACAUGGCCAGGAGGCCAUGCCCCUGACCGGGCCCUGUUAUUCCAGGGAGGGUGCAGGGCUGCUGGUGCCACAUCUGACACCCAAACACAGUGCUGGGGGGUGGCGGCCACCACACACCAGCAUAAUCACCCCUCCGCCAGGGUAAGUGUCCCAGGGAGGCCAAAUCUACCAGCACAGCUGUGCGCCACUUCCACUGAUGGAUUUGCUCCCUGCCCCCCACACAAGGGUCCUAAGCUGGUCAGUGAUAACAUUUCUGAAUGGCAUUGUUUGGCUUCCUUAUGUAGGCACCCAGGUCGAAAACAUAAUAGUUCAUGUUGUUAACAGCUGGCUCAUAAAAAGGCCAUGUCUGUGCCGCUGACUCUGGGCACAAGAUGAAGUCUUGGGAACGUCUUCUGGUCCUUAGGGUCACAGAGGGGUGCCUGACAGUGCCGGGACUCUUAAAUCUCAGGCGCCAAAGGGGGUGGUCUGAAUAAAGUUUCAGAGGCGGGGCUUCAGCAUCCAACAGGGCUCUUCUUACUUCCGCCCUGACUAGCAGAAUAAAUUAGGCAAAACUGGACAAAUUACGCAAAUGUGUUUCAUUUGCACAAUUUAUACCAAUUGCCGAAUUUCCCUUCUCUGAGGGAGUCAUUCUAAUUCAGAACGCACAUCCCCCCAAGCAUUAAUCUUCAUGGUGGAAAUGAAGAUGUAAACUGGUUCAAAUGCUGGGAGAGUUUCCCAGAGAAUGACCGAAGUAUUGUUUUCCCCAUCUUCCCACUUCGCACAAUCUUGUAUACAAUUAAAAAAAAACUGGAAGCCAUAAGUCUUUGGAGGAUGCUUGCUAAAAUCCAUCAGUUUCAGGCCUGUCAAACACCCCCAGUAAGCGGAACAAGUUGCCUGAGGUUGUGCUGGUAUCUGAUGUCCUACUACCAAGGAGCUCCCCCCUUGCAGAAGCAACUUGGCCAUAUGGAUCUUGUUCUCUGGAUCAGAAGGGGUGGGUGUAAAUUGGAUGUACAUCCCAAGGCGUGUUUUCAUGUGGACGUCACCCAUCCCGUACGCACUCAGAGAUGCACAUUCCGGUGCAAGUAGUCACAAAUAUAUUAACGACUGGACUUGAAUCGGGCAUCCCACCCUGAGGUCAUUUAUAGUGAGGAGAUGGUAUUUCUGGCCUUCUUCUCUUCCCUAGUUGAUGAAGAUGAUGGUAGUUUGAAGAGAAACUACUGGUUCUCUUGCAUUGAUCUGUUGGGAAAAAUUAAGGUGAUAAAAUGGCAUGUGUGUGUGUGUGUGUGUGUGAGGGGGGGUGUCUUUUGAUAUUCCUUGCCUUCCAUCUUAUGCCUCUUUAAACCUUAGCUGCAAAGGGUAUACACAGUCCUACCUGCUUGUACCUGUCCACACCUGGCUGUGAGGCUGAUGCUUGGAAACUUUAAUUGGGCUAUUUCAUAAAUGAAUUGACUGCUUUCAUCCAUCCCAUCAGAGACACAGAUUUUGUAUAAAAAUGCUAAUGCCUUCCAUAAAGUCCAACAGUUCUUACAGAGAGCUAUCCUGCCAAGGAAUCUAGGGCCAGAUUUGACCUGUGGAGAGGCGAGAUGGAAUGGUAAAUCUCUCCAAACACACUGCACAAUGAUGGUUAAGGCAGGACUUGUUUUGUGUGGUGCUGAUUUUCAACACGGGGCAGGAAGACGUAGCCAGAGAUGAAGAUGCUGUUACCCUCCUUUGAUUUCAGUGGGGCUUGAUUGUGUUUUCAGGGCUGCUUUGGAUGUCACAUUUUGCACUUAGGUCCCUUAAGCUUAAAGGGCAAACCAUGUUUCUACAGGUACACAACUUUCAAAAAUGGUCAGAGUGAGCAUGUAGUUUGUAACUGAGAAGCUGUACAUGAACACAGAAUUUAAUGCCAGUGUCCCUGGGUUCUACACCCAAAAGAGAUGAGAUGCCAGAGAAGUGGUCCUAGCAGGCUCCUGUGCUUCUAUAAAUGAAAAGGUUCUGCUGCCUCUUUGUUCAUCCAAUGAAUGGAUUCCCACAUUGCGUCAUCUGAAAUCCCUGGCCUUCUACCGAUCUUAGGAUACUGCCUGAUUUGAUGAAGAUGACCAACAUAGCUGGAGAAGUCAAAUCCUUCUUGUGUAGAAGAUCUUAAUGACUCGGUAGACUGGGCAGCCACAGUAUUCAGUGCGCUCAGCACCAAAUGCCUCCAGUUACAGAUAUCUCCCAGCCCAGACCUGGAUAAUCAGCAACUACCAUAUAGCAUAAGCAAAGAUUGUCUUAACUCAGAGUUCUUCCAUGUCUAUAGUAAAAGUGAGCAGGUAUUGAAUGUAUCGAAUGGCCAUAAAAUUUUCUGCAGCUCGGGGGAUCAUGCAUGUUUAUUACAAUGAACUGAGUUCCAGAAAACAAAGGAUUCAACAGGAGUGUUUCGAGUGGCAGAAAGAUUUCCAUCUCCAGAGUAUGACUUUUUCCUCUUCUCCCCCCUCCCCACCUUCCAAUGUAGGCCAGAAUGCCCCUCAGAAUGAGAUGUGAUUCAGGGGGCAUUUUGGUAUGUAGUGAGAUGGAGCAGUUGAGAAAGACCUGUUAUUCACGGAGAGUUCACCGUGCCAUCUUUGCUUUGGGGCAUGUUUGCUGUUAUUACCCAUUGCUCUUUUCCCCCACAUUUCUCGCCCUGUCUGCAGUGGGGCAGGCAUUACCCUUUACCCUGGGGGUCAGUGCGUUUCUAGUUGCGGGGCAUCAUGUUCAUUUUCUCAUUGGAUUGACAGCUCUGCCCUGUACAGUCCAGACCAGCCGCAUUGAAUGUGAUCAGAUAUCCCCUCCCUUUCCUCCCUUGGAAAAAAAUAUCACUUCAUCUUAGUAGUUCAAUAGCUAUAAUAAUUCAAAUAUCAUAUGCAGCUGGGCAUAUUGCGAUUUAUCUCACAACUUGGCUAUUGAGAUUUCAGGAGGGAGCACUCUUUUCACAAGUGGCGGUCUGGAGGGGGGCGAGGGGGGGCUCCAACGCAAGUAGUUAUCCGGCAAUGAGAGGAGAACUCCCCCCUUUUGGAGGGGAGGGGAAGCUUUCGUCAUGACUCUGAGGGUCACUGCCACAUCUAACGUUCCCACUAUGGCUGCCAUUCGUAAUUCAUCCUACCGACAUCCCCUCCCAGCCUGCUGAUAACGGCAACAGCUGGGAGAAGUGAGAGGGUGCAGAAAAUGGGCACUCCACCAUUUGGAACCAAGCGCCAUCUUUUCAAAUGCUACAAAAGACAGCAAUUUUGCAGUGACUGUUUAUAUUGAUAUGUCACAGAUAACAAACACUGAAGUAAUCACAAAUCUGAUGAAAAGAUUCUUGGUCCACUGUUUCCAUCCUCUGGUGGGAGGGAAUGGGAGCAGCGAUGGCAGGGCACAGACCUCUGUGAAACAGCGUGAUUCACCUUUUGGAACAUUCUCCUGAUCCCCGAUCCUCUCUUUUCCCUACAGGCUGUGACGCAGGCAACAUGUUCUGUAUAAAACAAAGUGUUUAAUUUCCUGUCUGCCCAAGCAGCCAGCACUAACAAUAAUCGUUGUGUAUCCAAUUGCUGCCUGCUGGGUCAAAAACCAGUUGGCUGGGGAGGGGGGGAAGCGAUCAAGGCAGAAGGAGGAGGAAAUAAGUGGCCACAAGGAGAGAGGCAUGCACAGGAAUGCAAGGGAGGGGGAGGGGUGAAGCUAGGUAGGCUGACAGAGGUAAGAUGUCCCGGGCAAAGCUCUGCCACUGGCAAAUCACCAUCUCUCUGGCAGUGAAGAAAAUUAAAUGUGUCCUUAAAGUGUUGUUGCUUGGCACGGGGAAACUGGAAAGUGAAUGCGAGGCUCGGGGAAAUAUGUCUGUGCAAGAAAUCUUGCCCUGACUUGCAUUCACCCUUGUCAUGAGGCAGAAACCUGGGCAUAAUCAACAAAAGUCAUGCUCUAUGGGUGGAAGUUUUCUGCCGCUUGAAAUGUUCUGGUGGAUCAGAACUAUGAUUUUCUUGCUGCUGUUUCUAAAUCAUGGUCCACUACCGUCCUAUGUUAAGUUUAGUAUCCAAAGUGCAAAAGGUGACUUGAAUGAUGAACCGUCCCUUCCUCUGGCUGACAGGUCUGUAUAAGUGUCAAUACUUCUGGCAAGGGUAGGGUGAGUAAUACACAACUAUGCAGUCUAAUUGCAUUGUUAUAUUUACAGUUGCCGUGCCCCCAAAGCCAAUACAGCCAAAAGCAUCGUGGGUAGUUGGAGAGAGGGCUAAGGUCAGUUGAUUGAUUGGCUGAUAGUCCAGUUUGAUUACCUUAUGACUUGCCUCAAAGAAGCUAAAGAUUUUGAGGGAUGCCGGGAUUAAUAAAAUCCAUACCUGGCUUUCAUUUGGGGAAAUUAACAUCAAAUGUCCACGUUUCCUAUGAACCAGAUGUCGCAUCUCAUCUCUUAGACAAAUUGCAUUUUCUUAAGAAGACCCGCUUAGUACAUCUCGCUCGCCUUUUUAUUUUAUUUUUGGCAUAUCAGCAACUGCCAAAUCAUUCUGACCAGAGGAGAAAAGGGGAAAAUCUGCCGAGUUAUUUUCUACUGAUUUAUUCAGAGCUCACAGGUGAACUGUCACCCAAAAGAUAUGCAAAAAAACCCCACAACCCAGAUACAAAAACACACUGCUGUUUCAGUGCUGAGGAGACGGGGGCGGGGGUGUGUGUGUAAAGACUAGAUAUCUUUUUUUGAGAACUCCAUCUUGCUAGAUGUUUGUUAAUUUUUACUCUCUCAACAAGGGCAAAUAUUUUAAAAACAAAACCCAAGUGCUAUAAAAAGGUAACUACUUUCCAACUCCCUCAGAGAUAUUCAUCUGCCAUAAAAAACAGAAAUGUCCUGUUUAUAGACAUAUGUAUAUAUAGGCCUAUGUGUAUAUAUGCUGUUAUUAAUAUGGAUAAUGUUUAUCAGUAUUACAGAUUCAGUGGUGCUUUUUUCCCUUCCUUUUUAAUAAAAGUCAAAUUAAAAACCAAUGAAAUAAAACAUUUUAAAAUGGA